UAUUUACCAUUUACUCCAUUUUCCAAUUAAAUUCAACUAUAGGGCGCUUUUUAAAGGAUAUUAUUAUUUAACGAGGAUUAAUAGGAACGUCGAAAGAAAAAAAAAAGAAGAGGGUUUUUACAAAUAUAUCGUGAAUUGAUUCAAAAUGGCUGGCGUCUUUUACAUUCUGCAUCGUAACGUAACAGAACGAUAGACGUUUAUAUUUAUUCUCACGCGAAGUUGAAUACCUUGGUAACGGUGCUCUUUUCUAUGCCGACUAUAAAUGAAUUCAAAUCAGGAGAGAGACGUUGAUUCGAACUUUGUAUAUAACCUUCACACGCUGAUUAUGCGAGCCUCUUUGAACUCGAACUAGUAGUACGAAAUGUAUUCGAUUAUAAAAUACAUCGAUUAAGACAAUUUAUUCGUGUAACCAUUUAAACGUGUUUUCUCAAUCGCAUACUUUUCUUUCUAUUAUCUAUCAGUUAAUAAUCUAUUUAUCGUCAAUCGUUUUUCACUGAUUCUUAGUUUUCUUUUAUGAUACCCCACCGCGUAUACAGGGUGAGUCAUUCAACUUGUUAAAAGUCAAUAUCUCGGUAACUAGAAGGGAUAUCGAAUAAAAGAAUUCUCAAGUAGAUUUUAUAGGGCGUUUUCAUUUGAACAGAUACGAAAAUAGAUGAUUCUAAGCUAUUGUCUGGACGGUAUAAAAGGAUUUUUGGUGCCUGAUUAAAUAUGAAUAGGAACAACAAUAAUAACAAUAAUCAUAAUAAUAACAACAACAACAACGGUAUGUCGUUAACUACACCACCAGCAAUACACGUCGGUCCGAUAAUGACGCCGGGCUCGAACGAAACCAUUUCCAUAGUGAUACCAUUGUCCGCUCAAUUGGCCACUGUUUCUGGACAAAAGGUCGAAAAAGCAUCCUGUAAAGAUUGCGGCAAGGAUUCCAAAAAAGGUUCGCCGAAUAAACCUGCGCCGCGAAUUCGAAACGAUAAGACGAAAGGCUGUCCUUAUCCCACUUGUACGAGAUACGGUCGUGCUUUUUCAAGAGCACACGAUUUAAAGCGUCACAUUGCGCGACAUGAAAUGCGAAAGGAAAAGUUAACGGAAGGUGAGAAAGGAAACAACAUGGUCAUUGGUUGUCUCGAAUACGCAAAAAAUCUCGUUAACGAGUCUGCUUUGAGGACGAACGAGUCUUUCAAAACGGAAAUUCCUCGAGAUGCGGAGACCAACGUUAGAACAUACACAUGUCCUCGUUGCAAGAAGAAAUAUUCUGAGGAGAGCAAGUUUAAGGCUCAUCUCGCUAUGCAUGACAAAGUAAUCCUUGUCAAGGCAUUGACGAAAAAUGUAUGCACCCUAUGCGGGUUACAACUUCAAAACGAAACCGACAUGCAAGAACAUAUGAAGCAACACGGGAACAUUAUUUUGCAAGCUCAAUCGGCUCAGGCGGCGGUACCACAAAAUGAUAAGGAGGAUGAUUUCCUACUCGAAGAGAUGCUCUUAUUACAUAAAAAUCCACGAAGAACAUCGUCUGAUAAAACGGCCGAUGUUUCUAGUGGCAAAGCCGCGGCUAAAAUUAGGUGUGACUACUGUCAGAAAACUUUCAAAACUAAAUGGACAUUGAGCUCUCAUGUAGCCGCGCACGAAGGUCGUUAUCAGUUUGAUUGUGCCCAAUGUGGCAAAAAAUUUGUGAGGAAGAGUCAUUACGAGGGACACGUACGUUCCCACGAAGCAGCGAGGCCUUACGUAUGCGAGCAAUGCGGAAAAACGUUCAAGGAAUUGAAACACAGACGCGAACAUACCAAAAGAAAGCAUCCCGGGAAUCAGAGUGCUAUACAAAAUCUCUUGGAUAGCAUCAGUCCGUGUGCAUCCGAGGAAGUGCCAGUCGAUCAGGCUAAAUUUACUCUUUUGAUGCCGGUGAACUUUACAGCUUAAAACGUAUCAAAUGUAUUAAUUAAAAGCUUUUUCUCUUGUAUGUGUAUCUAGAGAUAUAAUAGACUUUAUGUUGAAACCUUUAUUAGUUUUUUGAAGAUGCACCGAUGAAAAAUUACCAAUAUAACGAAUUUCAAUUUCUCAUGUGUGUCGUAUUGAAUAUUUUUUUUUUUAUAUACUCCUUAUGUAUCUUUUGUAAUGAUAGAAUCAAUGUAUUAUGUAUUACAUUAAUGAUGUUCUGUUUCGUCGGAAAAUCUUAUACAAAAUUUUGUUAUCAAGAAAAUACAAAUAAAUCUUAAAUUCACACCUACGGUCAAAAAAAAAACGAAUGCAUGUAAAAUUAUUUGCUAUGUGCACUAUUUCUAGAAUAUUUUAAUAAAAUUUUAAUAUCGCUGU